AUGGGUGUGGCCGCCAAGGUUGACUUCACGCGUUUGCAGAUUGCAGUUGCUGAGUAUAACACGCCAGCAGACCCUGCCAACUGCAUUUCUUUGCUGGACAUAACUUGGUGUCACUGUGACGCGGUGGACCAGGACUCUUCUUUUCUCUACCGCAUCGACGUUUUCAGCCGGAACCCUCCGAAAGGAGGGGCUUCUCCAACACGUCAAACUCGGCCGGAACCCAUGCAGAAGCCUAGAAUUAGCGUUGCAGGGUCUUCGACCACGUUGCAAGAAUUCGGACUCGCGCUACAAAAGCUGCUGAAGUCUCGGGACAACGAGGGCCACGGCCGCCUGUACUUCAUCCAGAAGCGAUUGUUCCAGUAUCUCUGGAGAUCAGUCCAACUGUCAGUCAGUGAGGACCGGCUGGUUGAGGCGCAGGCGGUCUUGGCUUUCAACCUCAAUCCAAAGGAUGGCAUUGCAUAUUUGAAGAGAAAAUUGAAGAAGGACACAGACGAUGAGAUCGGUGAGUGGCUUUCCCAAGUCUGCACCGAACGGGGUGGCCUGGAUCCCACCAUGCUAGGAGAUUACUUCAGCAGGCGAGACACGUUGAAGAUCUUCUGGAGCUUUGUGAGCCGUAUCGACUUCUCGAAGCAGGAUUUGGUCUCCGCACUGCGACAGCUCUUCGACACAUUUAAGCCUGGCGGAGAGGGGCAGGUGAUCACACGUAUACUGGAGUAUUUUGCGGAGUCCUACUUUCUGCAAUGGCAGAAGCAGCAGGACUCCGCCAACAGUCUGACUAACUUCAAGUCUUCUGACACCGUCUUCCAGGUGGCUGUGAGUGGCUUGGCAUGCAAUGGACGCUGGUUUCUGAGCGAUAGUGUCGGCCUCAUCAUGUUGAACACAGGCCUCCACGUGGCCAGCAAAAAGCUGAAGAAGGCGAACACGGCAGCAAUGACCUUGGAGGAAUACAUAUCCAACACGAGGCGUCUAGUUUCCGAGGAGGAAGUCCCGAACGAGGCCCUGAGGACCUGGUUCGAUGACAUCAGUUGUACAGAGAUCUCCGUGGAGCCGAUGCCCCGAACUCCCUUCUCAAAGCUGCCGGUCCAGCCAAACAUUGAGGGAUGGCUAGUUGCUGUGAUGGAUGGCGAGCUCCGCUUGCGAUUCUGGGCGGUGCUGGUGCUGCAGCGCAUCUACCUUUUCUCAGACUCCCAGGGCGAUGUGGACCCAGAGGACGUGAUCGACUUGAAGGAUGUCGCAGUCGCAGCACUCGCAGAAGACAGCGCUGCGAAGAAGCGUUACGUGAACCACUUGUUCCUUGACUUCCACUGGGCAGACGUCGAACAAAAAAAGGGCUGA